AUGCCCGCUCAAAUGGACGCCCUGGGGGCCUUCACCCACCUUACGGAAAACAUUCCCUCCUGGAUCGAUCGACUCGCAGAGUUGUCUGCCCACACCGCCGCGAAACACGCAGAAUACGCCGAGGCCUACAGAAGACAUGUUACGGUGAGACCGCGCCGUCGCAAGAACAGCUCGGUCUGCUCCAUUCGAACUGAGGACCUGCGCUCGUCGGCGCCCGAAACGGAGACCCGCCCUCAAUCUUCUGCUGCGGAAACACAUACCACCGUCACGACGCCUAAUACCUCCCAACACCAAGCGAAUGUGAACCCUCGUAAACGUGGUGCUGAAGAUGCGCCCUCCAUGGACGCCAGGGACAGGAACCCGCUUGUUAUUACACGCAACAACCUCAUUAUCCACUAUGACGGCCACACACAACACGUUUUGGAAGAAAUGGUGCGCCACAUUGGGACAGCUCGCAACAACAUUCGGAAAGGCAGAAUGUCGCAACUGCCAUUGCCAGGGUACCGCAGCAAGAUGCUGGACAGAAGCACAAGGAUGAAUAGCCUGGCUCCUUCACUUUCACCCUCCGAGUCCGGCGAAGACGAUGUACUAUCUAGCAUCCGCAAAGCCCGCAACCGGGGUCCUCCAGUGCCUCGCGCCCAGGACAUGCCCAAAGAGUCUGCAUUUGAUAUGGCGGAGAAGCAGCUGGAACUGGUACACGGAGUGUGUGAGACGGCUGCAUACCAGUUUCUCCGAUCUGGAGACUGCUCGACGGAAUUGACCAGUGUGGAAGGCAAAUUUAAAAGCCUCUUAGACCUGGCUACCGAUGAAGUCCGCCGUCUGAAGGCAGAACAGCCCGAGGAACCAACAGCCGAGGACGAGGAGGCACCCGCAGCCACGACCAUUGAGGUUGACAGGCAAUCUCUGACGAAGAUGGAUACCAUUGAGGUGGAUGAUGAUGCGCAGUCGGCGGAAUCAAUUGACUUGACUGCUUUCCGCGCCAAUCGUCUUCGCCGGAGAUGA